UCGACAGCAGAUUGCAUAUUCCAGGAACAUCUGAUAAAACUUUUCUAUUUCAAGUUAUAUGUACAACAGAUAUGGGGAGUGCACGUACUCCCACCAUCAAAUAUAACACGGCAACACGUGUGGAUUCUACAAUACCCACUGUUGAGGAGAAAGCAGGAGGAUUACAAUCAAACACUCCAUUCUACAAUGAAUUGUGGUUCAUCACAAUAAUGGCAGUCAUUGGAUUGCUGUUUCUGGCUAUAUUCUUGGCUAUCCUACUACAAAGGGCAAUAACUAAACAACCAUUCAAACGAGAAAGGCCUCCUUUAAUUCCACUGCAGAAGAGGACUAAUCUGCCCAAUGAAUCCUUCAUGUUUGAUGGUAUUGCAGCACCAUCUGAUGCUUCAAGUUCUGUUACCCUUAAAAGUUAUACUAUGUGUUUUGAGGGACUAACCGACACAAAAAUCACAGAACGUGGAGCUCGCAUCAGUAAUUCCAACAUCUCAGUGCUUUGUGUGCCAAGCCAGAGUCAGUUAAGUGAUGCCUGUUCUCAGACUUCUCUGCACCGCAGUGUCAGUCAGCUAAUUGAUACCCAUGACAGAAAAUCCCUCAUUGAAGACUCAGUUUGGGACUCCCUUGGACAGGGUCGUGACAGUGGGAUGUUCCCAGACGAUGAAGAACUAUUUGAGUCAAUUAAAGGCUUUAGUUCAGUUACAAAAGAGCACACAAUAUUCACAGACACUCAGUUGUAAGGAGAAUUUUCAUAAAGACAGCUGGGAAACCUCAGCAGGUCUGGCAGCAGCUGUGGUGGAAGAAACAGACUUAAUAAAGAACUUCUUUGGAACUGAAAAGAGUUGAAAAGUGACAGAUUUUGUGCUACUUUGCUUUUAUACUAAUUUGCUUUUGUUUUACUGUUUGAAGCAUUUUUUGUUUCUAGGUUUCAAGAUGUAUUGAUAAAUAAAUGAGUUACUGACAUGUAUUUAGUAGGUCAAAGAUAAUUAGUUGAUGGUCCAUUAUGAGUAUCGUGUUGUGUUUGCAUUUGGAUUGCUUUUAUGUAAUUUUCAUUCUGGUGAGCUUUUCAUUGUCACAGUUCAUAAUGUGAUGACCCUACUGUCCAGCAGAGGGCCCUACGUUAGCAGCAAUUGAUGUUGAAUAUAUUACUCAACCUUGCCUGAAGUUCAUACUUUUGAUAAGAUAGUAACACAAGCACUUAAAGUUCAUACAUAUUUGAAAAUCAAACUACAAGCUAUAAACAAAUUAAUCAUUGUACAAACUAGCUCUGUCAGCUAUUUGUAUUUUCAAUGUAGUCUCAUUUGUAUGAUUGUGUACGAACGACAUAGUCCUUUGCUAAGAGCAGGGUCUGAUUGUCUGAUUCUUGAAUGCAAUGUGUUUCCUGGUACAUCAUGGUUGCUUUGGUAGCAUUUUUACACUGAUAUUUAUGGUAAGAAAAUUUGCAGGAAGUGCACCUGUCAAUCAACCCAAGUUCCAGGCCUUGCCAAUGAAAUGAAGACUGAGAAAGUUUCAUUCACGCAUGAAACCUUUCAUCAAUAUGCCACCAUGAAAAGCUUUGCACGUUAUAUUUUAUUCAAAGUUGCAAACCCUGAGGAACUACCUCGACUGUUAUGAAGAAGCGUCACUGAAUCCAAAACAUUGACUCUGCCUUCUCUCCACAGAUGCUGUUACACCUGCUGAAUUUUUCCAGCAAUUUCUGCGUUUGUUUCGGAUUUUCAGCAUCUACAGUUCUUUGUUUCAUUAGAGCAAGUACCUAGGUUCAGGCAGAGCAGUGCCGGCUUUUAGCACCAACAAUGGUGUGAUACCUCUUUAUGUUGGGGUUUUAGAAACUGAGCAAUGAAGAAAGCGAAAUGAAACCAGAACAGAGAACUUUUUUGAUAAUAUCACAGUAUUUUUCAUGUAGCCAUUCAUACCUUUUAAUUCAUCUCACCAUAAUAAAAGCCACAUUGAUUGAACUUCAAUAAAGUAGCUUAUUUGUGAGAUGGUUAUGCUAACAGUUUGAAAUUGCAUAUUUAAAGAUGCUGAAAUGCUCAACAAAUUGAAAAAAAGGGUAAAAUUUUGGGUGGGAUCCUUCAUCAAUGUUGUGAAGAAUUACCCACACAUUGUACAUCAUACUGUCAGUGGUGACUACUGCAUUUAUAUUUUAUCCUCAAAAACUGCUGACUCCUCAUGUGCUGUGUACAAAUUAACUGAAACAUAUUCAGGUUUUAUUCCCAAGUGAUUAAUACAAAACAAAUCUUUUAAAACAAAGUAGCUACUGGAUUCUGUGAUGUUAUGCUUUUAUUUCCUAAGAGGAAUUGUUGUACUUUAGCUUGUCAGAACUACAGUCUAAAUGUGAAACUUGAAUAUGCUGUAAGUGUCAGAAUAUGUAAGUCACACUUACUGAUGAUCAGUAUACAUGUUUUUGAGGUUUAGUGAUGGAACUUUUUGCAUUGAAGUAUAAUGGAGAACAACAGCCUCAUCGAAUGAGAAAACUCUCAGGGUGUUACCGGUUUAUAAAGAAAAUCAGGUCACCCACACCCAUCAGGAGGACGUUGAUGAGCAAGCAACAUGAGCAAGCCGACAAGUGAUGUAUAUGAAUAACUUGUAAUGAGAACCAUGGGUAUUGUAAACUCUCUAUGGACUUAAAUUUAAAUGAAACGGUACUGCUCAUGCAGUUAUUGGAACCAAGAUUUUUUUUUUAAAAAUGGACCUUAAUCAAGGCACAUUUAUUUACAG